AUGGACUCACCCUCUCAGUCCCCAGAUAGCGGUCUAGUACCUUCAUCCGCCCUCACAUCAACCGACCUCACCACUGCGAACAACACCACAGACCUAGCACCAGCCUCCGAAACCCCAGACCCGGAACAGAAAAAGACCAAGAGGAUAAUACGAAAGAAAAGGCGGCCAGCUCGACCUCAAGUUGAUCCUUCAUCCCUCAAACAUGAACCGCCGCCUCAAACAGGGACCAUCUUCAACAUCUGGUUCAACAAGUGGUCAGGCGGCGACCGCGAAGACAAAUAUCUCUCCAAGACCGCAGCUCCUGGUCGCUGCAACAUAGCUAAAGACUCCGGUUACACAAGAGCGGACAAGGUAGCCGGGAGCUAUUUCUGUCUGUUCUUCGCAAAGGGACUAUGUCCCCGAGGACAAGAGUGCGAGUACUUACACCGCUUACCCGGCCUGUUCGAUACCUUCAACCCAAAUGUCGACUGCUUCGGGAGAGACAAGCAUAGCGAUUACCGGGACGACAUGGGCGGCGUCGGUAGCUUCAUGCGGCAGAACAGGACGCUCUACGUUGGCAGGAUACACGUCACAGACGACAUCGAAGAAGUGGUAGCUCGUCACUUCGCGGAGUGGGGCCAAGUUGACCGCAUACGUUGUCUUACCGCCCGAGGCGUUGCCUUCGUCACUUACACCAAUGAAGCAAACAGCCAAUUCGCAAAGGAAGCUAUGGCGCAUCAAAGCCUAGAUCACAGCGAGAUUCUGAAUGUACGAUGGGCGACUGUGGAUCCGAAUCCCAUGGCGCAAAAGAGGGAAGCGAGAAAGAUCGAAGAGCAAGCUGCCGAGGCGGUCAGGAGGGCUUUGCCAGAAGAAUUUGUCAGGGAGAUUGAGGGUAGGGAUCCCGAUGCCAAGCGGCGCAAGAGGAUUGAAGCCGGCUUCGGGCUUGAGGGUUACGAGGCGCCCGAUCAGGUGUGGUAUGCUCGGAGUAGGGAGCUGGAAGGUGGUGGAGGACAGACUACGCUCGAAGGGGGAGGAGAGAUACCUUAUUGA